GACGACUGCGAGAAGCUGGCCGCCUUCCUGGAGAGCGCCUUCCACAAGCACCGCUCCCCGCUGCUCGGGACUGAGCCCCCGGCCCCGCCCGAGCCGCGCUCGGCGAAACGCCGGGAAUUCCAUCCCGGGACGUCGGGAAGGAGCCGCGUCCUCCCGGAGCGGCGGCCGAGGGAGGUGUGGGGGCCGCGGGCAGCACCCGCUGCAGCCCCUUCCCGGCGGGACCUGCGGGAAGAACCCCCCGAACGGAUCCGUUUUCCCUCCGGGAACGAUCGGCUUUUCCCCUCCCAAAGCUGUUUUUCCCCCCGCUUCGCCAGCCGGUGGAAUUUGCCGAGGAGAGGAGAGAGGAGAGGGCUUGGAAAGCUCCCGGGGCGGCUUCCCCGUCUCUGCCACACCCCACUCCCGAUCCCGAAUUUCCGCUGGUUUGAGGUUUCCGCGGUGCUCGGAAGCCUCGGUGUGAGCUGGGAGGGGGCUCGAGAGGCAAUUCCAGAAAUCCCGAUCCCGUGGAUCAGCUGGAACCUCCGCAGAACCCUCGUCGUUCCCCUCAGAGGUUCCAAAAUCCCUCGGCCGCCCCGGGGGGGGGGAAAAGCCCCCGAUGCCUCUUCCUGCCCUUUCUCCUGCGGUGUCGUGGAAUGUCGGUCCCUGGCCCGGGGAAAUGGGAAUUGCUGCCCUCACCCCCCCAGCGCUGCCCUUGGCAGGGGGGUUUGUUCGGGGAAAAGUGCAAAAGAGGAAUUGUUUGUGUCCAGGAGCCCUGUGGGGCUGUGGGGACAGUGUUCUGUGCCAGGGAAAACCGGCCUUGGAAUCCUGCUCUGUGCUGUGCCAGGGAAAACCAGCUCUGGAAUCCUGCUCUGUGCUGUGCCAGGGAAAACCAGCUCUGGAAUCCUGCUCUGUGCUGUGCCAGUGCUGCUCCUGCUGCUCCUGCUGUGCCGGAGGAAUCCAGCUCUGGAAUCCUGCUCUGUGCUGUGCCAGGGAAAACCAGCCCUGGAAUCCUGCUCUGUGCUGUGCCAGUGCUGCUCAUCUGCUCCUGCUGUGCCAGGGGAAAACUCCCUCUGGCACGUGCUCUGCUCUGUGCCAGCGUUCUGUGCCGGUGCUGCUCCCGCUGUGCCAGGGGAGAGCCGGCUCUGGCAUCGUGCUGGGAGUGAUGCCAGCGUUCCGUGCUGCUGUUCCCUGCUGGUGCUGCCCCAUCUGCCCGUCCCGUGCCACGGGGGACAGUGGCUGUGUCACCCUGCCCUGUGCCACUGCCCCGGUGCCAGCGCUGCUCCCGCCGCUCCCGCCGUGCCAAGGGAAACUGGCUCUUGCAACUGGAAACUUGCUGCU